AUGGCGGCCGGAGAGGUGCCCACCGAAGGAGAGUUUGGCGCCAGAACGACGAGAAUGAAGAUAAGGGUCAAGCUCAUCACAACCAGUGCUCUAUCUUCCCUCUCUCACCCACCUUCUCCAUUGUUUCUCAGGAUGGAUCCAUGGAACCUUUCAACUUCCAAGUUACUCUCUAAACAAGUUGCUUACCCUUCUCAUCUCUAUGCCGAAGAGAUUCCCAACAUGGGAAAUUCCAGUGGUGUGACCAAGGAGCCUACAGGUUCACAGAUGACAAUCCUUUAUGGUGGCCAAGUUGUUGUCUUUGAUGAUAUUCAAGCUGACAAAGCCAAGGACAUCAUGUCUUUUGCUAUCAAAGGAAUGUCCCAAAACCAGAACGACUAUGCUUACUCGUUCCCUGCUGCAAUUUCUGCUACCUCCAGUAGACCGUUUCCUUUUCUUAUGAGUAUAAUUCCUUCCAUUGCCAACACUUCGGUUCAGGAGCACCCUCAAGCACCAUCCAAAUCUGUUAUAUGUGAUCUACCUUUGGCUAGGAAAGCUUCACUUCAUCGGUUUUUGGAGAAAAGAAAGGAUAGAAUUGCUGCCAGAGCACCAUAUCAAACAAGCAAACAAAUGGCAGCCCUUAAUAAGCCAUCUGAAUCUAUGCCAUGGCUCACCUUGGCACCUAAAUCACCACAAGAUGAAUCUGAUUCUGAUAGCAGCUCCAGCUUUGUGAAGAAGAUUGCAGUAUCAUAUGAGCCGUGGAAACUUCAUUCGGAUGAGAAGGAGGACUUCGUGGUAGUUGUUAUUUGA